AUGGCAUCAAAUCUUGCCCCACUUUCUCCUCCUAUCUUUAAUGGUGACCAGUACCAUGUUUGGGCUGUCAAGAUGAAAACCUACUUGAGAGGCCAUGGUUUGUGGCAAGAUGUGGAGGAGGAGAAGCAAGUUCCCCAACUUAGACCAAACCCGACGCUAAUCCAGAUGAGAAUCCAUGAAGAAGAGGAGGAGUUUGGAGGGAGUAGCCAGACUCGCAAUAUGCAAGUCUUAAACUUGAGGAGAGAAUUUGAGGCACUCAAGAUACAGGAGGCUGAAUUUGUCAAGGAAUAUGUGGACAAACUUAUGGUUGUGGUGAACAAAAUUAAGCUGCUUGGGGAAGAGUUGACUAACAAGAGGAUAGUGGAGAAGGUCCUAGUCAGUUUGCCUGAAAGGUUUGAAGCAAAAAUUUCGUCCCUAGAAGACUUUAAAGACUUGUCCCAGAUCAGCUUAUCUGAACUAGUUCACCCACUUCAAGCUUAG